AUGGCCGCCUCCAGAAUGUUCCGUCCCACCUCGCGCCUGGUGUCAGCAUCAAUUGCCCGUCCCGCUCUCCGUUUCCGCCCCGUCGCUGUCUCGAGACACUAUGCUACCCAGGGCGGCGUCAAGGAGAUGACCGUCAGAGAGGCCCUGAACGAGGCCAUGGCCGAGGAGAUGGAGAGAAACGACAAGGUCUUUGUUCUGGUUGACCCGCUGCUCGCAGAUNACAAGGUCACCAAGGGCCUGCUCGACCGCUUCGGCGAGAAGAGAGUUAUCGACUCUCCCAUCACCGAGUCUGGUUUCACCGGUCUUACCGUCGGUGCCGCCCUCGCUGGUCUCCACCCUAUUUGCGAGUUCAUGACCUUCAACUUCGCCAUGCAAGCCAUCGACCAGAUCAUCAACUCGGCCGCAAAGACCCACUACAUGUCUGGUGGUAUCCAGCCCUGCAACAUCACCUUCCGUGGACCCAACGGUUUCGCUGCUGGUGUCGCCGCUCAGCACUCGCAGGAUUACUCGGCCUGGUACGGCUCCAUCCCCGGUCUUAAGGUUGUUUCUCCUUACAGCGCCGAGGACGCCAAGGGUCUUAUGAAGGCCGCCAUCAGAGACCCCAACCCCGUUGUUGUUCUCGAGAACGACGAGGAGGCCCAGAAGGAUGACUUUGUCAUUCCUGCCAAGAUCGAGCGUCCCGGAAAGGAUCUUACCAUCGUCACUCUCUCCCGCUGCGUCGGUCAGUCGCUGGUCGCCGCCGAGCAGCUCAAGCAAAAGUACGGCAUUGAGGCCGAGGUCAUCAACCUCCGCUCCAUCAAGCCUCUUGAUGUCGAGGCUAUCGUCAAGUCGGUCAAGAAGACUGGUCACAUGAUGGCCGUCGAGUCUGGUUUCCCCAGCUUCGGUGUUAGCUCUGAGCUUUUGGCUCUUACCGCCGAGUACGCCUGGGACUACCUGCAGGCUCCCCCUGUCAGAGUCACUGGUGCCGAGGUUCCCACCNCCUACGCCCAGAAGCUCGAGGAGAUGUCGUUCCCUACCGAGCAGCUGAUCGCCGACUACGCCGCCAAGCUUAUGCGCGUAUAG